UGACAGCCGCCUCCGCCCUCGCCCUGCUGCUGCUGCUGCUGCUGCUGCUUGUGGUGGUUCUUCUUCCCGAGGGCGGCCGAGCCGGCGCCGCGGCCUGUGAGGCGCUUCCAGGGAGGCGGGCGAUGCGGCCGAGCGGCCCGCCGUGAGGGAGGCGCGGCCCUGGCGCAGCGCCAUGCGGCGGGGCCCGGAGCGGCCUGGCGGGAGCCCGAGCAGCGCGGUCUUCGGCGGCACCCAGAACCCCGGCAGCGGAGGCGGCGCGGGCGGCGGAGGAGGCGGCGGAGGCGAAGGCGGCCCGGGCCCGCGCUGAGAGCCGCUGCCUAGGGAGAAGGGCGCGCUCGGAGGGCCGCGGCCAUGGCCUCGUCGUCGGCGUCGCCGCCCUCGGGCUCGUCGGCGCACCAGCAGCUCCUGCAGCAGCAGCAGCAGCCUCAGCCCCAGCGGCGCCGGCUGAGCACCGAGGUGAGCUGCGACUCGAGCGGCAGCGGCGGCGGCGGCAGCGGCAGCGUCACGGUGAGGAUCUGCGCCCGGAGCCCCCCGGGGGGCCAGCCGGCCAAGGCCAGCAUCUCCUCCUCCAGCGGCAGCAGCUCGGGAGACGCGGCGGCGGCGGCGGCGGCCAGGAGGGCCCAGGCGGCGGCGGCGGGCGGAGGGAGAGGCGGCCGGGGCAAGAAGAGAGACAAGGGCGGCGGCGGCGGCGGCGCCUUCGGGCUGGGCCUGGGCCUCGGGCUGGGCCUGGGCUCCCGGCGGCGCUCGACGCGGCUCCCGCAGCUGUUCGAGCGCGCCUCGGCGCAGUGGUGGAACCCCACGUUCGACUCUUGCAACCUGGAGGAGGCCUGCCGGGAGCGCUGCUUCCCGCAGACGCGGCGCCGCUUCCGCUACGCGCUCUCGUACCUGGGCGCGGCGGGGCUGCUGUGGGGCGGCUACUUCGCGCUGCGGCUGGGGCCCCCCGGCGGGGAAGGGCGGCGGCGGCGGCAGGCCCCCUUCGUGGCGCCCGCGCUGGCCUUCCUGGCCGCCUGCCUCGCCUUCUUCGCCUUCACCUUCACGCGCGCCUACGGGCGCCACCCGGCGCGCACCUCGCUGGCCCUCGUGCUGCUCGUCUUCGCCAUCACGCUGGCGCCGCAGCUGCAGGCGCUGGGACCCCCGGCGGCGGCGGAGGGGGGCCUGGACGAGUGGGGGGCUCCCGUCGGGCCCUCGCCGCCGUUGGGGCCCUGCCUGUCGCAAGUGGGCAGCUUCUCCAUGUGCAUCGAGGUGCUGCUGCUGCUCUACACCGUCAUGCACCUGCCCCUCUACCUGAGCUUCUUGCUGGGCCUCUCCUACUCGGUCCUCUUCGAGACUUUCGGCUACUACUUCCGCGAGGAGAGCUGCUUCUCGCCCUUUGGGGAGCGCCUCCUGGCCUGGGACCUGCUCAGCAAAGCCCUGCUGCACGUGUGCAUCCACGCCACCGGCAUCCACCUCUUCAUCAUGUCCGAAGUCCGGUCCAGAAGCACCUUCCUGAAAGUGGGGCAGUCCAUCAUGCACGGCAAAGACCUGGAGGUGGAAAAGGCCCUCAAGGAGAGGAUGAUCCAUUCCGUCAUGCCCAGGAUUAUUGCCGACGACCUGAUGAAGCAGGGGGACGACGAAAGCGAGAACUCCGUGAAGCGCCACUCCACCUCCAGCCCCAAAAACAAAAAGAAAAAGCCUUCCAUACAGAAAAACCCCAUCAUAUUCCGUCCUUUUAAAAUGCAGCAGAUAGAACAAGUCAGUAUUUUGUUUGCGGAUAUUGUGGGCUUCACAAAAAUGAGUGCCAACAAGUCUGCGCAUGCUCUGGUGGGACUCUUGAACGAUCUCUUUGGUCGCUUUGACCGCCUGUGCGAGGACACAAAAUGUGAGAAGAUAAGCACUUUGGGGGACUGUUACUACUGCGUGGCAGGGUGCCCUGAGCCCCGGGAGGACCAUGCUUAUUGCUGCAUCGAGAUGGGGCUGGGCAUGAUUAAAGCCAUUGAGCAGUUUUGUCAGGAAAAGAAAGAGAUGGUGAACAUGAGGGUUGGUGUUCACACUGGGACGGUCCUGUGUGGCAUUCUGGGGAUGAGAAGGUUCAAGUUCGAUGUGUGGUCCAAUGACGUCAACUUGGCCAACCUUAUGGAGCAACUGGGCGUGGCAGGAAAGGUCCAUAUUUCAGAAGCUACUGCAAAAUACUUAGAUGACCGCUAUGAAAUGGAGGAUGGAAAGGUGACUGAGCGUGUUGGUCAGAGUGUGGUUGUAGACCAGCUUAAAGGUUUGAAAACAUACCUGAUUUCUGGUUUGAAAGUGAAGGAGCCCCCCUGCAGCUGCUCACAGAUGCUGCUUCCAGGUCUAGAAGCAGGAGACAGAAGCAAGUUACAGGGAACCUCAUCAGCAGAGAAUGUUGGCAACUUAGCAAAAGGUUUCAGACAGUUGGAAAAAAACAAGACAUGCCCUUCAUGUAAUACUACAUUGGCAUCUGCUUCUGCUGCAAGUAUAGAGGAAGGAGCUAUCCAAAAUGGGGGCCAGGAUGAACAUAAAAACAGCACAAAGGGCCCUGGAGGAUGCAGUCCAAAGUCCCAGAAUGGUCUUCUAAGUCCUCCACAAGAGGAGAAGCUGAGCAACAGCCAAACAUCCCUUUAUGAAAUGUUGCAGGAGAAAGGAAGAUGGGUUGGCGUGAGCUUGGACCAGUCACCACUCCUGCCACUGCGCUUCAAAAACAUCAGGGAGAAAACGGACGCUCACUUUGUUGACGUGAUAAAAGAAGACAGCUUGAUGAAAGACUAUUUUUUUAAGCCACCCAUUAACAGACUGAGCCUGAACUUCCUGGAUCAGGAAUUGGAGAUGAACUAUAGGAGCAGCUAUCAAGAAGAGGUUAUGAGGAACACCCCCGUGAAGACCUUCGCCAGCGCUACCUUUAGUUCACUUCUGGAUGUUUUGCUGUCCACAACAGUCUUCCUCAUCCUCUCUGUCACCUGCUUCCUGAAGCAUGGGAUGGCUGCAACUCCUCCCCCGCCUGCAGCAGUGGUGGUGGUGGUCAUUGCCAUCCUGCUAGAGGUGCUGUCCCUUAUCGUCUCCAUUAGAAUGGUGUUCUUUCUGGAGGACGUAAUGGCUUGCACAAAACGGUUGUUGGAGGGGAUUGCCGGCUGGCUGCCGCGACACUUCAUUGGUGCCGUUUGGAUCUCCCUCCCCGCUGUCGCAGUCUUCUCACACUUCAGCUUGGAAUUUGAAACAAACAUUUAUUAUACCAUGUUUAUGUGUUCUGCAAUUCUCAUCACUAUUGUCCAGUACUGUAACUUCUGCCAGCUCAGCUCCUGGAUGAGAUCAUCUCUGGCCACUCUGGUUGGAGGAGUCUUGCUAGUUUUGCUGUGGGUGCCUCUGUGCCCUGACAGCUCUGUGGAGGAAUCAUAUAUUGAAUCAGUAAAGAACUUUAGUUUCAGCUCCAUGGAAAUCUUCAACUCUACACAGAACAUCAGCUCCACAGAAAUCUCCCAUCUUCAGUUAGAACAGAACUAUAGUUCCAUAAGGAAUCCAUGCUACCGAUCAACCUUGGAAGACUUCAGGAGGCCAGCAGACCUUAUUGGCCAUGAAGUGAUUCUGGGCUUCUUCCUUCUCCUCCUCCUGGUUUGGUUCUUAAACCGUGAGUUUGAAGUGAGCUACCGCCUGCAUUACCAUGGAGACGUGGAAGCCGACCUUCACCGCACCAAGAUCCAGAGCAUGAGGGACCAGGCGGACUGGCUGCUGCGGAAUAUCAUUCCGUACCACGUGGCGGAGCAGCUGAAAGUCUCACAGAGCUACUCCAAAAACCAUGACAGUGGUGGCGUGAUCUUUGCCAGCAUCGUGAACUUCAGUGAGUUCUACGAGGAGAACUACGAAGGAGGCAAGGAGUGCUACCGAGUCCUGAACGAACUGAUCGGGGACUUUGACGAGCUGCUGAGCAAGCCUGACUACAGCAACAUCGAGAAGAUCAAAACCAUCGGGGCCACGUAUAUGGCCGCCUCUGGCCUGAACACAUCCCAGUGCCAAGACAGCAACAGCCCGCACGGCCACUUGCAAACCCUCUUCGAAUUUGCCAAAGAAAUGAUGCGAGUGGUUGAUGACUUUAACAACAACAUGCUGUGGUUCAAUUUCAAACUGCGGAUUGGCUUCAACCACGGCCCCUUGACUGCCGGGGUCAUUGGCACCACCAAGCUCCUGUAUGACAUUUGGGGUGACACUGUGAACAUCGCCAGCAGGAUGGACACGACCGGAGUGGAGUGUCGCAUCCAGGUGAGCGAAGAGAGCUACCGCAUCCUGAACAAAAUGGGGUAUGACUUUGAUUACAGGGGGACGGUGAACGUGAAGGGCAAAGGGCAGAUGAAGACCUUCCUGUACCCCAAGUGCAUGGACAACGGCAUCGUCCCCCACCACCAGUUAUCUAUAUCUCCAGACAUCCGUGUUCAAGUGGAUGGCAGCAUUGGGCGGUCUCCGACGGACGAGAUCACCAACCUGGUGCCUUCUGUACAGAAUUUGGACAAGAUGCCCCACGUCUCGGACCAUAAUUUGGAGCUCAAGGGCGGGCUCCCCUGUUUCAAGAACCUCCCAAAAGAGACAGUGAAGCCAGAGGAUGGGCGUAGGUUUGGUAAGUCUGUUGAGAAAAACGACUGCAAAGAAGCAGAGACCAGUGAGCUGACUAAGCUGAAUAACUCGCGGAGCGUAUGAUGGGCUGGAGUGGUCUGCUGUGUCUACAAGAGCGCAGGUGCUCUCGGUGGGCUGUGUUCUCCUGGAGGAGGGGCAGGAGAGGGAGUGGCUGGACGGCUCUGGCAUCUGACUUCACUUUGGCAACGGGAUCCGAGGGGGUCGCUGGUGUGCCAGGGCUUUUGUGCCUCUCUCACCCCCCAGGUCCCCUUGGAACAGCCUUUCAGCUGAGAUGAGACAUCAAGUGCCUUCAGAUAGACUCUGCUGGACUCCUUCUCUAGGAACAGAGGCACAAAGUUGACCAUAUGUUUGAUGGAUAAGCCGUGGUUAUAUCAUUUUUAUUGUUUCUCACUGGCACUACUAUUUUGUUUUUGUUUUGCCUAUUAUGUUAAGCCUUUUGUAUGUAAACACAGACAAAUGCAUGGUUACCUUACUGACACAAACAGCCACUAAGGGAAGAUGAUGUGAGGCGAGAGAGGAGUUGGCAGAGUUGCCCCCUGGGCAGCUGGAGGAGGAGGAGGAGGAGCAGGGAGCUUGCCUUGGCAGUCCAGCACUUACCUGAAGUGAUCUGUGGGCUGCUCUGUUUGCCAUAAUCAGACUCAAGUGCCCUUGUGUGUUCUGGGACGUGUGGCCUCUUGCCAUUCACCCCCCAGGCCUCUGCCGUGUGGGGAGUGGCGCUGGCUGCACAGUGCUCCAAUGGCAGAAGCGUGGCCAAUCUCAGCCUCAGGUGUUUCGCUUCUGACCUCUGCCAGGAGGGACUUCUGAGCAUUUGGGUGAAACUGUUUUCUCUAAAUCUGGUCAGGCCUAAGAGAAAGAUAAUAAAUGAUAGGGGAUUUUCUCCCUUCCUUUUUAUUCCUCCCUUCCCCCUUAAUUCUGUAUUUGUGGGGACGGUAGGGAUUGGAAGCAGUGGUGCCAUUGUAAGGCAGGUGCCCAUUAAGCGUGUCUGCGUACUCAGUCCAGCCUUUCUUUAGGCACAGUUGGUGCCAACAGCACUCAAGCUGUCGGACGUGGCUGACUUAGCAGGUUUGGGGCACAUAUUUCACCCUUAUUGUGUUUGCCCUUUGUGGGAGUUGGAAUGAGAAGUCUGUUCAGAGCUGAAAAGCACAAGAGUAGGGAGAUCAUAAGCCUUCGGUGCUUUAUUGUGUGGAUUCAGUCAGAAUGAACUCCCUUUGACAAUCUUUUCUUUUGCAUUUUCACUCCUGUUGUAUUACUGAAUGAAGAGUCAAACGUGUUUGACUCUUAAUGCAGCCAAAUUUUCUGAUUCACCUAAAGGUGAUGUAGCCAAGCAUAAAUCUGCCCCACAAAUACACAUGCAGAAUAAAGUAGGGGCUGUUCUACGUUUUUGCAAGUUUAGAAGACGUGAAAAGGGUUAAAGUACUUUAGGGUUAGAAAGUUUGUUGUUUCAUAGAAUACUUCCUCUUGCACUUUCUUAUCCUGCAACCUAAAUUGGUCCAAGAAACUGACCAUUCUCAUCAGCUGGUCGCUUCUGUUAUUUUGUUGACAUGCUAAUCUUCUUUAAAACUAAAGCCAGACUCUCUCUCUUUUGGCUCAGUUGUUAAGAGCAUCCCUGGAAUUUAUGAUCAUAAAGGGGCUUUUGCUUGAUAGCACAUAGAAUACCUUUUCUGUGGGCCACUCUCUCUCCUGUGUGUCUCACAUUCCGACACCCACACUGAGCAUCAUUGUAAUACGUGCAUCUUUCGGUAAAAGCCUUUGGGGCUGAACCAACACAGGGGUAGUGAAUUUCCAGUGCAGGCUGGUUCUAGGAGGACAAUGCUGAACGGUUCUCAAAAUGUAGUUAAAAGCAAUCUUAUUUUCUUCAGCCCCAAGUACUGUACAGUACUAGCCUCCACUGUGGCUGCUAAUCCUAAGCGCAUUUACUAGGGAGUAACUCCAGCGUAUGCAGUGGACUUAAUUGUGAAUAAAAUGUGUAGGAGGAGGCUGUUCCCUGAGUUGGGCUUUCCAGAAGAUUAGUAUCGUUUUGUAAACUUCUCUUGCCUCAGUCAAAUCAAAGAGACUUUCGAAGGUAAUCGCCAGGAUUCUAGCUUCUGGUUUCUCGACUGAACUGCUGUUUUCCCCACGGCUGAGCUGAUUUAGUCCCAAGGUGUUUCCAGGCCAUCUGCAGCAUGCAGAACAGAGCUGGGGUUCAACAAGAGCUAAAAGUCAGAAGAGGGAAGUUUAAGGACACUGAUAAUAGCCAGCAAGGAUGAUGGCUUGUGGCGGAUCUGGUCCUGUGAGCAUGAGAAGCUUUGGGGCCAGCUGUCUUAAUGUGUGACCUGCUUCUCUCAGUUGUGAGAAUUAUUGGAAACUUGCAGAUUUCUAGCCACAAGGAAUUUGGCUAUUUACUUUUGUAAAAAGACUGCAAUUACCCCAUCUUGGGGAAAUGUUCCUAAGACCAGCUCUUUGCAGUGUAAAAAACGCUCAAAUGGUUGAAGUCUUUUAUUUCAUUUCUCAAAUUUGUGUAGGUGCUUCAGGCCCUUGGCAAAUGUAUCUUGCUCUCUGCCAGGCAGGUGAUGCCUUUAGUCAUAGGGGUUGGCUUGCUCUUUCUCUGGCCGGGCACAUGGAAGGUAUGUUCAGCUUGAAUUUUAAGGGCUCUGAUUGGUGUCUGCUUCAUCCUGGAUGCUGAAAUAGCAGCGUCUCAGCUGCUCUUUGUGUGAAUUCAUGGGCUGCUCUCAACAACAGGGUUUCCUGCAGUGGGACGUUGCCUGCAAAGCACCUUGCAUAUCGUUGCUUUUUCACAUACCUCCCCAAAAGCAUUUUAUUUGCCAGGCAAAAUACGCAGAGGUAGUAGGGAGCUCUUCUGCUGCUUGCCUGUGGAACGGUCUCCGAAGGCUUGUUGCCUGUACUUUAGGCCUUGGUGGAUGCAGGGGUGGGGAACCUGAAGGAGCCCUUCAGAUGUUGCUAGGCUCCAAUUCCCGUCACCCCUGCGCAUCGGCCAGGCUCGUUGCUGGGGCGGAUGGGAAUCCCAGCAGCAGCUGGAGGGCCACCGGUUCUUCACACCAUGCCUAAAAUUAUAGCAAUAAAACUGGAGCGCUACGUUGGUAGCAAUAAUGCAAGAUGAUUUACCUAGCGGUAAAUACACAGGCCUGGUGAGGGAGCAAGUAGUGGCCUGCAAAGGAGGCAGUUGUUCCUUUGAAGAUCGGGCUGGACAUGAGCCAGGGAUGUCAUUUUGGGUUUUUUCAGCAGAAGCCUUAUUUCCAGGGCUCUGGAACUAAUGAUGCUAAUUGACUUGGCACUAAAAGGACCUUGCUCACACCACAAACAGAUAUUUUAGCUAGAGUUGGGCUGGGAAGUCGGGUGGCAGAAGGAAAUAUCGGAGGGCGAAGGCAGGGGGAGGCGAGGUUUGCAGAAGCCUAGGUCUUCUGCUGCCAACUCCUUGGCAACAAAGUUUUGGGAUGCACAAGGAAGUGCUCCAAAGAGAGCAAGUUCUGUUCUCCUGCUGUGCUCCAAGGUCUCUGAAAGCAGUAAAUGAGGCUUUUUAUUCAACCUCACUCAUUGAGGGCCUGCUUCAGUCCUACAGAAAUCAAUGAGACAAAGCACCUUUUAAGGACUAAAUAACUACUUAAUUAUUUAGAACUUACUUUCCGCUGACUACAGUAUAUAAAUAGAAACAAUGCACUUGGCUUCUUCUCCAAAGGCUCUUUUAACUUGUCACUGGAGGCUUGUUGCCAUUUGGCUUCCUAGCAGAGCCACAUGAUGAGAUGGCUGGCUUCCCUUUUUCUUCCACAGGAGCUGGAGGGGUAUCUCUGAGGGCUGGGUGUGCAAGGUGGAGGAAAGGGCGCCUGUGUGACUUUGGCCGCUCUUGGGAGCCCCACCCUCUCCUUGCCCCUCCUGUGAGCUGAAAGGCAGUGGCCACCAGCCCCUCCUCCUCCAUCUGCCCCACAUAGAGGCAGCAUUCUGGGCACUUAUUCCCACUCAGGUCCAGUGGGUAGGAGGAGGAGCUCUUGGUGUCCUGCUGAGAGUGUCCCACAGAGCUCUUUACUGCCUCUUCUCCGUUCUCUCCUCCCCCCACCCCACGCUCCUCAUGCCUAUACCUGCAAUAUGCCCCGUCCCCCCACUUACCUGGGGAGAAGCAUCAUAAAGCAUUUCUUCUAGGCACUUCCUGGGUCUCCGAGGCAUUAGCUUCUCCUCUUAGAAAUGAGCCUAAGGCGUGUAAAUACUGGUUGGUUUAUGCACCGCAGCUGCACUCCUGCCUUCCUCUCUCUGACUUCAGCCGUUCUCCCGCCUGGCCAGGCCAGCAUCCUGCUUCUGCAGUAGCCAUAGCCAAACAAACAAGACUUCCUGGAAAUAUAGCAGCAAUGUAAACCAAGGGCUCCAAAGCAUCCCUUUGGGGCAGCAGCUUUAAGGUUGUUGCCUCAACGUCACGAGGACAAACAGAAGUAAUAAAAAGCCCAAAGCCUUAACGAGAUGGGGGAGGGGAACUCCACCUAAACAAGCAGAGUGGCAGGCCUGUGGCGUUGUCUCCACGGGACGACUCCCUCUGCCUCUGUCCAGGGUCCCCGUUCCUUUAGGUGCUGAAGGCUUUGGUCCCGUUCUAGGGCCACGGAGGCUGCAUGCUCCCCUCUUCCCACCCUCCGGUUGCUGCCAUGGAGAGGGAGCCUGGCUCUUCACUUCUCAGGACCUGAUGAUUUAAAGCCAACUCCUUAUUUUGAUGGCAAUACCCUUCAGAAACUCUUAACUGGCCUGGGCUUUGCAUACUUGCGAAGAGCCGCUGGAAAGAAUCGGUCAGUAGGACAGGGCAAGUCCUGGGCCUGGGUCAGGUGCCGACUGAGCGGGAAAUGCUGGAAGCAGCUUUGCGGGUCCAGGGCCACCUCUGACUCUAUCUUCCUGGCUGACGCAAAGCAACCCUUUUGUUUCUUUAGCCCUCGGUGGGGAGGCUGGAGAGAGAGGCCUUCUGUCGGGCUGGUCCUUUGGAGCCUGACUUUCCCUUCUCAGAAAGCUCCUCCUGGUGGAGAACGAGAGUCCUCUGCAAACCAUCCAAGACGGUUCACACUGGUGUUCUUCACCAGCAGUAUUUACAGGGUUGUUUUAGACAUGUACGGUUGUAUUUUAAUGUGUAUUUAUAUUUUUAUUUGGUUUUGAGAUAAUGCUGUUACUGGCCCUGAGGCUUUGUGUUGAAUAAACUACUAGUUACUGGGGCGGGGGGGAGAAGGGUGCCAGCCUUUAGGCAGCCUAUGCAACACUAUUUCAGUAUUUGAUAUGCACAAACGAGCCUCCCCUAUUUUUCAUCAUUUUAGCCUGGUGUGCUGAGAAACUUGGGAGAGGCAAAAGAUGAAAGCAACUUGAAACUCCUUUCAUUUUGUGGAAAAAAACACACACCACAGUAUUGUCCUUCAGGUGCCUAUCAGCUCCUGGUCUGCCUUGAAGAAGGGCUUUCCUGGAAUAUUGCCUCCACGCAGUAUUGGUGUCAAUGGGGAAAUGCCCCAAAUUCUGUACUUGCGGGCGCAGGUGUGAGCAGAAAACCAUCCAGCUUUCUCCUCCUUUUUCUGCGUCCACUACUCUGGUUGACAUUGUCUUGCCCUCCCUGCGGAAAGGAAGAGCAGGCCCCUCCCCACACCAGGCGAGGAGGAGGAGGAGGCAGUGGCUUCACAGAGUUUCGCUUGCUGGGAGUGCCAAAGGCCGUCCUUCACUACAGUAGCUUAACUGUAAAUAGCCUGCAUACGUCUGGCUCUAAAGACACACACAAACACACACAAAAGUAUGUGUGAAAUACUAUAUGUAUAUAGAAGGUAAAUAUACACAUUCACUUUGACUUGUUACUGCAGAUCUGUAAUCAAUUGUAUAUUAAACGGUUUUCCUGUACUGGA